GUGAGAGUGAUUCAUAACAUCUUGCAUCCUGCUGAAGAUAUCUCUCUCCAUUCCAGUGACUGGAUCCUGAGGAGCUUGUAGUAUUUACUUCAAAGCCUCGCAUGCAUUGUCCGUGCGAAACCUAAGAUUUCCGUUCUCGAUUGUUAAGCCUACUAUGCCAUUUUGACUGAGAUCAAAUUUUGGCUCUGCGUUGAUCUCGGGCUGGUCAGAAGAUGACGAUGAACCAGCGCAAUACGAUUGAUCUAGAACAAGGAUGGGACUUUAUGCAAAAAGGGAUUACAAAACUUAAAAAUAUUCUUGAAGGAUUGCCAGAACCACAAUUCAGUUCCGAAGACUACAUGAUGCUCUACACGACAAUAUAUAACAUGUGUACUCAGAAGCCACCUCAUGAUUAUUCCCAGCAGCUUUAUGACAAGUAUCGGGAGUCUUUUCAAGAGUAUAUAACGUUGACGGUGCUUCCUUCUUUGAGGGAGAAGCAUGACGAGUUCAUGUUAAGGGAGCUGGUAAAAAGGUGGUUGAAUCAUAAAAUCAUGGUUCGAUGGCUUUCAAGAUUCUUCUACUAUCUUGAUCGCUACUUCAUAGCUAGAAGAUCACUUCCGCCACUGCAUGACGUUGGUUUGACGUGCUUCCGAGACCAGGUGUACCAGGAGCUGCAUGUUAAAGCAAGGGAUGCUGUCAUAUCUCUGGUCGAUCAAGAGCGGGAGGGAGAGCAAAUAGAUCGAGCUUUAUUAAAGAAUGUGCUGGAUAUUUUUGUUGAAAUUGGAAUGGGGCAGAUGGAUUAUUAUGAUAAUGACUUUGAAGCAGCUCUGCUGACGGACACAGCUGCCUUUUAUUCCCGGAAGGCUUCUAAUUGGAUCUUAGAUGACUCAUGCCCUGACUAUAUGUUAAAGGCUGAGGAAUGUUUGAAAAGAGAAAAAGACAGAGUUGCUCACUAUCUUCAUUCAAGUAGUGAAGUAAAGUUGCUUGAGAAAGUACAACAUGAGCUAUUAUCAGUAUAUGCCACCCAACUCCUGGAAAAGGAGCACUCAGGCUGUCACGCAUUACUUAGGGAUGACAAGGUAGAGGAUUUGUCAAGGAUGUAUAGACUGUUCUCUAAAAUACCUCGUGGCCUUGAACCCGUGGCUAGUAUUUUUAAGCAGCAUGUUACUGCUGAAGGUAGUGCGUUGGUUAAACACACCGAAGAUGCUGCAAGUAACAAGAAGGCAGAAAAGAGAGAUGUUGUUGGGUUACAGGAGCAGGUCUUUGUCAGAAAAGUAAUUGAGCUCCAUGACAAAUUCAUGGCUUAUGUGAAUGAUUGUUUCCUAAAUCACACGCUCUUUCACAAGGCUCUCAAAGAGGCAUUUGAAGUCUUUUGCAACAGAGGUGUUGCUGGUAGCUCUAGUGCAGAACUUCUAGCCACCUUUUGUGAUAACAUUCUUAAAAAGGGAGGGAGUGAAAAAUUGAGUGAUGAAGCAAUUGAAGAUACACUGGAAAAGGUUGUAAAAUUGCUUGCCUAUAUCAGUGAUAAGGAUUUAUUUGCUGAGUUUUAUAGGAAAAAGCUUGCUCGCCGCUUGCUAUUUGACAAAAGUGCUAAUGAUGAACAUGAGAGAAGUAUCCUGACUAAGUUGAAGCAGCAAUGUGGUGGCCAAUUUACAUCAAAAAUGGAGGGGAUGGUCACAGACUUGACACUAGCCAGGGAAAACCAAGCCAGCUUUGAGGAAUAUCUUAGUAAUAAUCCGAAUGCAAAUCCAGGGAUUGACUUAACGGUGACUGUCCUGACAACGGGUUUCUGGCCAAGUUACAAAUCUUUUGAUCUUAACCUUCCAGCUGAGAUGGUCAAGUGUGUUGAAUUAUUCAGAGAGUUCUACCAAACAAAAACUAAACACCGAAAACUUACUUGGAUAUAUUCAUUGGGAACUUGCAACAUCAACGGUAAAUUUGAACCAAAGACAAUAGAGCUUAUUGUGACAACCUAUCAGGCUGCUGCACUCUUGCUGUUUAAUGCUGCGGAUAGAUUAAGCUAUCAGGAAAUCAUGACUCAGUUGAACCUGUCUGACGAUGAUGUUGUUAGGUUGCUUCAUUCACUUUCAUGUGCCAAGUACAAGAUUCUGAACAAGGAGCCAAACACCAAAACAAUCUCUCCCACCGACGUUUUCGAGUUCAAUUCAAAGUUCACUGACAAAAUGAGAAGGAUUAAGAUACCUCUUCCUCCUGUGGACGAGAAGAAGAAGGUCAUAGAGGAUGUUGAUAAGGACAGAAGGUAUGCCAUUGAUGCUUCAAUUGUCCGUAUCAUGAAGAGCAGGAAAGUCUUGGGUUACCAGCAAUUGGUCAUGGAAUGCGUUGAGCAACUGGGUAGAAUGUUCAAGCCGGAUGUUAAAGCAAUCAAGAAGAGGAUUGAAGAUUUGAUCACUCGAGAUUAUAUUGAACGCGACAAGGACAACCCUAACUUGUUCAAAUACUUGGCGUGAAUGCAACAACUCUUUUGGCUGAUUCAAGACACUGCUAAAAGGUUUUGGACCCGCACGUGGAGGACUCGAAACCACUGUAAGUGCUACUAGGGCCUUCAGUUACUCAGAUGAGAAUUCUUGUACAUUCUAACUUCAAAUCUGGUUUAAGAACCAUUUACAUAGAUCCAUCUGCAUUGAGGCGAAGAUGUAGUUUACAUUUCCGAGCAGUGAGACUAAAUCGAGCUUCCUUUCAUUCUUGCA